UCUCAUCUCCUCGGAUCCGAUUGAUAGGUAAUCCGUGACCACCACCGGUCAGUUGUGAUCGUCCAUACCCAGCCGUUAUACCGGAAAGUCCUCGAUCAAAGUUCCGCAGAGAAGGACGAGCAUUCUCAGCAUCCAGCAAAGAUGGCACCACUGCUGCCAACGCUAGCAGCCGGUGCCCGCACCUUGUUGUCGCGUGCCAUAGUCUCCAACCCCGAUGGCGAGCAGCUCCAACAACGAUCACCCGCGACGCCCUCCAUCAACCAGCUCGGACCUCUAGCAGCACGCUCGCUGCUGGUUGCACGUGAUGACACCACGUCCGACAUCGAUCCCUCCAGGGGCAGUAUCGAUCCGCACAACAUCAACAACAAUGCCAUGUUCGCCCUGUUCGCCCUGAUCGGUGUCGCCUUCGUCGUGACAGGUAUCUGGUUCUUCUUCUGGGCCAAGAACGGCGGCUUCCAGUUCAGAGAAAACGAUUGGGACGACUACAAGUCCACCGUCCUGCGUCGCACUGGUCCGAACGGCACCAUCUUGAGUAACGCCACCAAGAGCACCAAGCUAGGCGGCGGAAGCGUCUACAAGGAUAUCGAUGACGGCAGGACUGAGUACACUGGCGGGCUGACCAUGAGUCACCUCAGCGGCGACACAAGCUCUACUCUGUCAGGUAUCACGGCCGGGCCCAGCGACAUUGGGGCAAGAGAAAAGCGAGAGGCCAAGAAGCGGAGAAAGGUUCAGGAGAAGGAGAAGCGCGACCGCGAAAAGGAAAAGAAGAAGCAGCGCAAGGACCGGAGUGGCCGCAAGGUGGGCGAGGACGGCGCUCUGAUCGACGAGGAGGCCGAGUUGGAGGCUAAGGAAGCCAUGCGUCACUACCGCCACGAGAAGCCGGCCAGGGUCGGCGGUCUGAACAAGGAGUCCGAGGGCAGUCAGUGGGAUGGCUCGACAAACCCCAGCAACUCAACCGUCGGCUCCGAUUCCCUGUUGAGCGGUCGCCAGAGCACGCCAACCAACACGCCCGACAAGAAGAAGGGCGGUAUUAGGAAGGUCUACAGUGUCGCGGAUCGCAACGCGGCACAGGAGCAAGAGCGCAUCAGGGCCGAGGCACGACGAUUGCAGGCCAAGGGUCGCCAGGCUGCUUCUAGCCGUCGCGAUUUCAGUUUCAGACAUGGCGACUCCAUCGUGGAGGAAGGCGUGAACCGCAGCGAUAUCUCCAGCAGCACUCUGCCCCUGAUCCAGGACAACGAAGAGAGUGAUCUCGGCACCAAGUCGUACACCCACCAUAUCCCAGGCUUGUCGAGCAGUCAGGCUGGCGGUACGGAUGUGGUCGACUAUGCGGAGGAGAGGAGGAAGAGAAGGGGUGCCGGGUCGAGAGGUGCUGGAUACCGGAGGGAGCGAUAGAGCUACGAGGCACAGGUUACGGCUUGAUCUACGAUGAGAAAUGGGAACUGUAUGGAACAUAAAACAUGAGGAACGAUGCCAACACCCGCGCGCACACCCGCGCACACACGAAGUCUGUUAUGGUCACAUCAAUGGGAAGCGUCGAAAGGAAAUUUUGUAGCAAACAGGCGUUUUUUGUUUUGUUUUUCUUUUUUCCUGCUUUAGGUUAUAGCGAUCAUAA